AUGGCGACAAAUCAAGUCCCUGUCUAUUCUGCCCUCCCCAGCAAUGACGAAGACCAAACACAAAAUCACGAGUUGGAUCAUGUCGAGCCCACAACAGCCCCCGUAGUACAAAGCCAUCCAUCGGAAGAAAGAAGUGAGCCUCUCCUGGUCUCUACGACCCCCGGAGAUGACUCGCCUCACGAGUCCCCUAAUGGUUCAGUGCACCAGCGCAACACCGAGGACUCUGUUACCCAACCGCUUUCCUCAAGACCAACCGUCGCCGGAGCUGCUACUUCACCGCCGCAGAGAUUGAAGGCUGACCGGCGGCACUCAUCAUUCAGCACACUGAAGGAGCGCAUACGUGGUUCACUGACCCCGUCGCUUCACAACUUGCUCGAGAAAGAUAGCUCAGGAGAAGGCACGUCUCGAGAGUAUCGCCGAAAAACACAACGCAAUCGUCUGUUGCGUUUAACGGUGGGCGAGUGGCUUAAUACCGUGAUACUGUGCGUAAUGUACUUCGGCAUUCUCUACGCUUAUUCGCAAUCCACGGCUAUCAGUGUGCCUCAGCGGAGAAUAUUCAACGCGCUGACUACUGGGGUGUCUCUCUUACUCGGUGUGAAUUUAGCAGCCUCGCUCCGGAGUUAUGCAAAACUGCUGCGCUGGCGAAUACUAGCCGCUUGUUAUCGGCCACUGGAGACUUUCGACCUGGUCAUGGGCUGCGACAGCCUACUCAACGUGUUCAAACUUGUCUACAAAGCAAAGAACCACAGGUACAAAUAUCUCCCUUCGAGAACGCAGAUAUUCUGCGUCUUGUGGCUGCUUGUCCAUCUAGCCGUCACCGUCUUGGUAGGUAUUAUAGGCUUGAACUACAAUCUCGACACCUCACCUUACAAGGUGCUCUUUCGAAAGGGAGCAGUGAACAUUUUGGACUUGGACUCUCUUUGGGGGGGCACUGAUGACUCGACUUAUUUGUCCGAUUUGUAUGAGAUCCACCUCAAGGGUCUCGCAGGGAUUAAUGGAGACGAGUACAGCUUGUCUGACCUUGACGACGACUUCUCUUAUGUUACGUGGGAAUACGAUGGCUAUCCACCCAACUACUUUGGCGACGGCGCUGGACGCACCGUUUGGUAUUUCCAGGAUCUCAACGGCGACGACCUUAGCGAAGUGGCCAUAUCUACACGGCACAUACAGACCCAGGCCAACUGUACCGGCUUUAACGUGACCGAGGGACAGUACGGGAAUCUCUCGUAUGUUGUGUUUAACGAUGGGGACAAGGAGGUCAACCGCUCAUUACCAGCUGUGCCUGGCUAUGGCAGCUUGAUGACCGUGGCUCAUAUGAACUCGACCUGUGGUGAAAGAUGUACUAAUGUAGAAGGCUUUCAAGCUCUGUCGGAUCUUUGGUCGAUUUCUGAGGCCGUCUACUUCACGUGCACCAAUACCGUUGGUCAUCCAGUCGACCCGAAAGUCAAACUGUCGUCCAAUUAUUCGGUUUCUGACCAGGUGGCGCGCAUGCUUGCUGGGGCGAUCGGUUGGGACAAGAUGACACCGACUAGACAGAAAGAUGGCACAUUGGUGCAGUAUCAAAUCUACCAGAACAUCACGACUGUCGGCUUCAACGGUUGGGUUGACCAGCCGGAUGCUGACACCAUGGGCGACAUAAUUUCGAGCUUUACGACCGGCCUAAUUGCAACGCUAGACGCUUCACAAGACCCAGAUUAUAGGGAAAACGUCGAUGACGGCAGGCAGCCGAUUCCCGCACAAGUAUUACAAGUGACGUGGAGAUAUGCAGGCACCAUUCUAGCUAUCAUCCCAUUCAUUCACUGCUGCACGCUGGUAACGGUCAUCCUAUGGGCAAACAAAGCAAUCAUCAAGGACGAUAGUCAUCUUGCCAUUUCAAAAGUAUACCAUACGUUUCUCAACCAAUUGGGAGAGCAGGGAUGCCUCCUUCGUGGCGAUCAGAUUGUCCAAGUACUCGCAAACCCCGAUGUUGCUUAUGGCUGGCGAGAGAGCAACGAGCACGAUGGUGCGAUGCAUGUUGAUGUGUUCCAAAAAGGUCGAGACCAGCCGAGAGCGGAAAAGCCCUUUGUGGAGGGUUGGUACGAUGGCAACAGUAGAAUUCCACUCGUGAACGGCUUUGGGAACGCCAUGGGCCUAAGCAGACGCUAUAGAGACUUCGAUGCAGCCGACUACUUUUGA